CAUGAGCAGAAUUGUACGUUGCGCCUCGAUAUAAAGGGCUGCUCUCCGUGAGACAGAGACCACAACUCUUCGUCUCAAAACAACCUCCUCCUGCAUACCCAGACAAGCCCAACUACCCACGACGAAACAUACCAUGGAUACCCCACUAAAGGUUCGGCGCAAAAGACGGGGACUGAGCUUGUAUAACAAGAUCUUCGAGUAUGGCGAGCUUUUCGACAUGAACAUCACCAUCAUCGCCCAAGAGAGAGCCAGCGGGGACUACGAGGUCUUCCAGCCGGUUCGGAACGAUAACUGGCCUCCCGCCAUGAGAGACAUCCGUCCUGAGAUUCUCCACACCGGCCGCCCGAUCACACCCAAGUGUGGCAGGGGACGUCAAUCCAAGCUAAGAAAGAUAGAGAAACUGCUCCAACAGCGCAAGGUGCCAAAGCCGCCGAAAAUCCAGAAGAUUGAGCGUGGAGUGGAGGAAAUCUCUCUGGAUAGAGCCUGAGUCUCGGGUGAACUUUGAUAGCCCAAUUGAAUACCUCCUUUUCGCCA